GGGCGUGCACAGUGUGUCAACGAUGGGGUGCCUGCAUGCCGUUCUCUUCUUGUCUCUCGGUUCCCUAGUUGUCGGGGAAAUAACGAACAAGGGAUGGUGGAAGGACACGGUCUUCUAUCAAAUCUACCCCCGAAGUUUUAUGGACUACAACGGAGACGGCGUCGGUGACCUAAAAGGCAUCACGUCGAAACUCGAGCACUUUGUCGACGCUGGUAUCGGAGCGGUGUGGAUAUCACCGAUAUACACGAGUCCCAUGGUGGACUUCGGGUAUGACAUAGCAAAUUUCCGGGAGAUAGAUCCGAUCUUUGGUAACCUCGCCGACUUCCAGGCACUCACUGCCAAGGCCAAGCAGCUGGGAAUCAAGGUGAUCCUCGACUUUGUUCCGAACCACACGUCGGACGAGCACGAAUGGUUCAAGAAGAGCGUGCAAGGUAUUGCUCCCUAUGACAAGUAUUACGUAUGGCGAGAUGGCACAGUUGAUGAUGACGGUACUCGAUUGCCACCCAACAACUGGAUUAGCGUCUUCAGCGGCCCGGCAUGGACGUUCAACGAGCAGAGGGGACAGUGGUACUUUCACCAGUUCGCCGAACAGCAACCCGAUCUGAACUAUUUCAACACGUUAGUGCAGUCGGAAAUGAAGAAUGUGCUGAGCUUCUGGCUGAGCCUAGGAGUCGAUGGUUUCCGAGUGGACGCCGUGCCGCAUCUGGUCGAGGUUGAGGACCUCACAGACGAACCACUGAGCAACACGCCGGGAGUGAAUCCGAACGACUAUCCGUACCUGGACCACAUUUACACCAAGGAUCACGAGCUCACCUACCAGAUAAUCAAGGAGUGGAAGGAUCUGCUCGACGAUUACGCGGACAGUACGAACACCGACGAGAAGGUGUUGAUGACCGAGGCGUACACGGACCUGCCCAACACCAUGAGGUACUACGACUGCGGGGUCCAAAUCCCGUUCAACUUCAAGUUCAUAAUGGAGAUCAGUAACGACUCGACAGCCGUGGACUACAAGAACGCGAUAGAAACUUGGCUGGACAACAUGCCGAAGACGGGAGUGGCUAAUUGGGUCAUGGGUAACCACGACCGCAGUCGAACAGCCUCUCGAUUUCCGGAUCGAGCCGAUCAAAUGACGAUGCUGGCGAUGAUACUACCAGGGGUCGCGGUCACCUACAACGGCGAGGAAAUCGGCAUGACCGACACUUGGAUAUCCUGGGCUAACACGCAAGACCCCCAGGCCUGUAAUACCGAUCCCGAUCGCUACGAGGUUCAUUCCCGAGAUCCAAACCGAUCACCGUUCCAGUGGGACGCUACAAAGAACGCGGGUUUUUCGACCAGCGCAACUACUUGGAUACCGGUCAACAGCAAUUACCUGGUGUUGAACUUGAAGCAGGAAAAACAGGACCUGAUUUCUCAUUACAAGGUUUACCAAGCGCUGACGAAGCUCAGAAAGGAAACGGUGCUUAGAGAGGGUGAAUACGAGGUGAAGAUCGUGAACAAUCAGGUGCUCGCCGUGAUUCGUACGCACGUUGAAGGAGGUGUUACUGAGAAAGUGAUACUUUUGAUAAACUUCGACAAUAGUGUCGGGAAGACCGUCGAUUUAACGGCGUCAAGUAUUGCCGAUAAAUCGGCAAAGACGAGCGUCUACACUUCAAACGUUCAGUUCAGAACCACCGUCGGCGCUGAAAUCGACGCUACGAAGAUUCAACUUCCGGCUAAGGCGUCGAUCGUUCUGCUCUCUCGCAGUGGUGCUGCCCACAUAACCGGUAGUAUUUUCUUAAUGAUUUUCGCCCUCGUCAUUAAACACUUCCUGAUACAAAGCGAUUGAAAAUUGUGAAUCGCAAGGAGAGACAAUUAUUUUUUCUCUAUUCAUCGUCAAAUGGGAAUCCCGAUGAAGACUAAAAGUGCGUAACCAUACAA